AUGUUUUACGAGGAGUUCCGACUAGCCAGGAUCGCUGCAGCAGCCGGCUGGUCUGUGUCCCUGACACCGCAUUGCCUCCCCAUCACCACCUCAGCAACCCUUACAGAAUCUGGUAGUAUGACUUCCAGACCUACUCCCCAAGACGCGUCUAUCCUAGUCGUAAGUGCCGGCGUCUUUGUCGUCCACCCCCCUGCCAACCAGGGCAAGAACCCCAUCCUCAAAUUCGGACGUCACAAUUACGGGUACGUGACAGAAGUGCGCGUCGGAGAAAGCGACGAUACAGAGGUAUCUGAGAGGAUGGUCUCUUCGCCGAAACGGGAUGGUAAUAAUGCCACGAGCGAAUACCUCUCAGGUGAUGCCAACGAGGAUCUGCGCGAAGGUAUCCGUCAGCUUGCGCCCGAGUUCGCGUCUGGGCCUUUGGGUCAAUCGGCGGUCGUGCUGGUACUCCAACGCCCCAGAGGGUGA